AUGGAAAUUCCAAUUGAUGGUUUUUGUCAUGCUAUCGUUUGCUAUAAAUGUGAUUCUAUUUCCUUCGAAGGCUGUGCCACAACCUUAAAUGACACGGAAAUACCAUAUGAGGACUGUGGAUCAUCCACGCUGUGGUGUGCAACGGCCAUUGUUGAUAAUGUUACCUACCGGGGAUGUUCAAGUUCGACACCCAGCAUUGGGGCUUCGUACCGGAAAACAUGUCAGAUAAAUCUUUGCAAUAAAGGCGUUUACCCACCCGGCAGGAUGAAGUGUCAUCAGUGCAGCGGUGAAGGUUGUCAAAUGAAACCGAUGGGAAAACCUCACCCAUGUCUGAACUUCAGCGAAGAUGAUGCCUGCUACCUAGACAUACGUUCACCCGACCAAGUUUAUCGUGGCUGUAAAUCAGAUCGGAAUCAUACUAUUUCGGAUAGGGCGAUUUUCUGCGAUUACAACGGUUGUAACGACGCAUCCUCAACGGGAACGCUAAAAUGUGCCCACUGUGACUCGCAUCAACGACUGGGAUGUAAAAUGGAUCUGACGUCAUCGUCCAAUAUAAGCCAAUACGAAGUGUGCGAAAUGAAAACUACGCUGGAUAACAGCAACACGUGCUUCAUAUACAAAAAUUUGGAUCAUGUGGUGCGUGGAUGUUCCGACAGGCAUAUGACAGAUGAAAUGCGACAACAUAAGGAUCGUUUGACAGAAUGCACGGGACAUGAUCUCUGCAAUUCAGCCAACAUGCCUUUCCAGCAAUGCUUAGUCUGCAACUCUGAAUCGGGCAAAGAUGAUGAUUGCCGUUUUACUCCUAGUUUAGUUCGUAGCAGUUAUUGUGGCUCACCCGAAGCGUCCUCGUGUUUCGCUGUCGAAUACGAAAAUUGGCAUGUGGAACGUGGUUGUGGUCGUCCUCCAAAACGCGCCGAUAUAAAUCGUCAAUACGAAUGCGAUGAGGGUAAGGAAUGUAAUGCUACGCCCUUUGUACGCUGCUAUAAAUGCUCCACCGAACAUAACUCUGAUUGUGCGGCAUGGCAACGUCCUGGUUUCUUGGAAAUUGAAGAAUGCCAAAAUCCAGGAGCAAAUUGUGUUAUAGCAACAUUUACCGAUGACAUUACCAAACGGGGAUGUGAAACACAGCUACUGAACUGUACCCUUAGUAAUAUUGCCGAAUGUCAAAGUUGUCAGGGCAGUUUUUGUAAUCGUGGAUCAUUUCCUCCGGAUCGCUUACACUGUUAUCAGUGUGGAACCGAAGUUGACGAUUGCAAAACAGCAUUAGCUGGACGUCCCACGCCAUGUCCCAAAAAUGAACUUCAACCUGCAACUGGUGCCAAAGAAGGCUGCUAUGAAUAUUUCAGUUUGACGCAGAGGCAUGUGGUGCGUGGUUGUGCUUCAAAUACGUCCGAGUAUUACAAGUGUAUGUUGGAAUCCGGCUCCAAGUGUAAAUUGUGUAAUAAGAAUGGUUGUAACAAUAAUCCUAUGGAAGAAUCACGUUUAUUGAAAACUAUUUCUAAAUUGAGAUUAACUUAA